UGCAAUGCGUUUCAAAAGGACGGCUGUGGUGGUGUUGCUCCUGUUGGGAAUCUCGAGACUGUUGGUGGCCAAAGAAAAGGUCUCAGCGGGAAAGCAGGCAAACAAAACGGGUCUGACGAGCAAAAACAAGGGAGCAGCAGCAGGUUACGCUUCGGGCGUGGAAAUCAAGCGCGAGGCCUACAUCGGCGAAUACCCCUACAUUGUUUCCGUGCAGACCAACAAUGUACACGUGGCGCCCGGAGCCAUUAUUAACAAGUUCUUCGUUUUUGUCGAGGGAUAUUUUAUAGACAUAUUGAAUCCCAAGACGUCGACCGUGGUGGCUGGAAGGGUCGACUUGGGUGUCGCGACCGGAAGUGUCCACCAUAUCACAAGACUGACGAAACACGAGAACAUUUCCUGGCCGCACAACAACGUCGGAUUGCUCCGAGUCUGCCCUCCAUUUUCGGCUAAGUACAGGGAAGUACCGCUGCCAGUGAAUAAAUAUCAGUGGCCUACGAACACCCCGGCAAACUUUUUAUUUUACAACGAGCAAGGAAAACUUGUCACAAUCGAUGCUGCAACCUUGGCUGAUAAAGAGUGUGAUGCCCUCAACUUGCCCAACAACUGGAAAGCCGAAACUGAAGUCUGCACCAUGCACAGGGAAGGGAACAGUUGUAUUUUCCCUUUCUACCCGUUGCUGGUGGCGAGAGGCCGGUUGGCCGGCGCCCAAACGUGGGGAGUGUGCGACGAGAGCAAGACGAUCAGCCUGAUGAGCGAGCAAUUCGUCGACGUCGCAAUGUACACAAGGUGGAUUAGGAAAAACUCGGCGAUCCAACACAACAAGUGCCUGCUCUGAUUGGAUUUCGCACCCGCCGCUUCUGUGUCGUAAUGAAAUAAAAAUGGUCUCACUCAGCAG